GAGAAGGGCGAUGGCUGAAAGGGACAGAUAUGAAUGUGUGAAAUUCUCCAACAUUGUCGAGGAGGCGAGUGCAGGAGCCUCCAUUUCAACAGUAACCAUGAACCCAGAAGACAGAGAAGCUCCACCACACUGGUCCAGUUCUUGUUCCAGAGUCACCAUUGUCCUUGGAGCUGCAGUGUUUGUUUUACUGGUGGUAGUCAUCGGCAUGGGAAUAGCAAUGCAGCUUUGUCCAGAACCAGCACCGGAAAUUGAACUCAGGAAGAUGUUUUGUGUUGAUCCUAAUACUGGCAUUGAAGCAAAGGUGUGUGAGAUCUGUCCAGACGGAUGGAAGAAAGGAUACAAAGAGAGCUGUUACUUCAUUUCCACAGAAUCUCAAUCCUGGGACAUUGCUAACAGUUACUGUUCAAAAGUUGGUGCUCAUCUCGUUGGGAUAGAGAAUGAGGAGGAACAGAACUUCCUUCAGGGAGUUCAAUCAAGUUCCUAUUACUGGAUUGGACUUAAUUGUAAAGAAAAAGAUUGGAAAUGGCGUUGGGCUGAUAACAAUGAGCUUGAUGAGAAAAAGAUUUCCCUGUCCAAAUCUGAUCCCUCCUAUCGUUGUGCAUAUGUGUAUAAGGACAAGAUAUUUUCAUAUACUUGUGACUAUAAAUAUAAAUGGAUCUGUGAGCGGGAGGUUGUGCACCUAUGAAUGGACCCACAAACAUUUGCUUGAGGAAAAAAAGAGCAACUUAGUGCAUCCUGGUAACACAAAUUAAAAUGCUUGUAACUGUGCACAUGCAGCUUUUUAAUAAGGGGAGUGAAAUAUUGGUAAUAAUAUACAUAUAUAAAAUCCACAAAAGAGGUGAACUAAAAAUAUUUGCUGAUUAGCAUUCAUAUUAUUUAACACUGAAUAGUUCAUUUCAUUCAGCAAAAACUGUUCUGUUAAAACAAGACCCCUGACAGUAAAUGGAUUUCAAACAUUUUGGUUGAGAAACCAAAGUUCAAUAGAUUAGUAAAGUUUCAAAGUCACAAUGCAUAGCCUAAAUACGUAGUUACAAACCCAAUAGGCUUAAUAGCUGUCAUUCCAGGAAAAUAAAAAUAAAAUACAACCACAAUGCAGUGGAAACCCUAGAAACUGAAGAGCAGACAUCAUGCAGAAACACAAUGCAGUGGAAACCCCAGACACCGAAGAGCAGACUUCAUGCAGAAACACAAUGCAGUGGAAACCCCAGACACUGAAGAGCAUGCAUCAUGCAGAAACACAAUGCAGUGGAAACCCCAGACACUGAAGAGCAUGUGUCAUGCAGAAACACAAUGCAGUGGAAACCCCAGACACUGAAGAGCAUGCGUCAUGCAGAAACACAAUGAAGUGGAAACCAAACACACAGAAGAGCAGGCAUCAUGUUGAGAGAAUGUUCACAGGAUUGUAGCAAACCAAAAAAUGUAUCAACUCUUGUGUCAUAGCGAAACUCUCAGUUCACAGCAGUGCAGCAGCGGCUCUGUUUUGUUCCACAGCAGCGGCUCUGUUUUGUUCCACAGCAGCGGCUCUGUUUUGUUCCACAGCAGCGGCUCUGUUUUGUUCCACAGCAGUCCAGCCUUGGCUCUGUUUAAUGUACUGUAUGCUGAGCUCUUUCCUCCACAACAGAAGUAGAUUGGUUUCAACUUUUGAAAGUAAGUAGAAAACAAAACAAAAAUGCCAGGAACUAUUCAGGUAGUCACAGAAACGAGAAGCUGGCACACAGUAUGGGUUUCAUAGUCUUAAACAAACCAUCUAUCAAUCAAUCAAUCAAUCAAUCAAUUAACUCCUUAAAGGGCAGCUUAUCUUUUUGCAACAUGUAAUUUUUUUUAAGGAAUAGUUUCAAAGGGACAGUCAGGAUGUCACAAUCUAACAUGGCAUUUCUUUUAAGGGGUAGUUUCAAAGGUGCAGUCAGGCUGUCACAAGCAACAUGUCAAGAACAAUUAAUAAAACAAUUAACUGAUUUGAAAAAUCAUUUUUAAAAUAAUUAAAAUAUAGCGCCACCGCCACUAACUGCCUAACCCUUAUUUCCAAUGAACCUCAUUUGUCUGUAUUGAUGUUAAUAAGUGGGUCAAUAAAUCAGCCCUGGGCAGAAACACUAGCAGGAGCAAGGUUUGUUAAAGCAGGGGUUCCCAAACUUUUUACACACCUGUUCAGCUGCAUUACGCACUGUUGCCCACUAUUAGCACUCCUUGCGAAAAUGUCAAAUUAAAAGCAUUGUAUAUGUUUAAACCUGCAACAUUAUAAAUAAACCUAAUCUGAACUGUC